AUGCCUGCGGAGUCGAGACGCUCUGAAGAAUUUCGCUCGCAGAUAUCGGGCGGCAUAGUUCUUCUUGGAUGUGGUAUCACUGUAAUGCAAAGAACAUCAAAUAAUCUAAAUAAUUCCGCUUCAUGGUUUGGUUUUUGUUUCACACUUGCAAAGUGUAAAGUGUUCCUGCAAGGCUGGAUGGACUUGGACCCUAAUCUCAUGCUUGCGAAUGAGCCGCUUGAAGUAGCAGACAAAUUUGCCUACCUAUCGGUCCCGGUGGUCUCGCAAAAGAUGCAAUUCACCUCCGGAUUUGGAAGGCCAGAGCAGCUUUCUAACCUGGACCCUGCGCGCCGAGGAGGUCAAAAGACUUUCAGUGUUUGUCGAUCGGUGUCUUCAGAGUAUUGCCCGCAUCUGAUUAGAGCACCCAAACACUUCAGUAAUGCCGAAGCCAGUCAGCCGACUUCCUCGAAGGUCUUUAUUCGCCCAACCACGCGAUGGGUGGAUGCGAGCCAGGGGAGGUCAAACGAUGACUUGGCAGCGAACCACGAGGGCAGUUACCGACAAACUGCUGCGCUGUCUCUCUGGAUGGGGAUCUCCGAUGACAAGAAUCCACUCCCGCUACCAAUCGCUCCCGAUUCCUACACAAGCAGUGCACAGUUAGAUGCACAAACGGCAACUUAUUCUCUACGUGCUGUUCGUUCCCGUAUUUCCGAGUAUGUACUGGAACGAUUGCAGCGGUUACAGGCUGCCUAUCAUGAAGAUCUCGCGGAACUUAGCUUCAUACAAAGUGGCUCGCUUUUGGUCGACUUUCCUCCAUGGAAACGCAAAAAGUCACAAGAAUUGAUGCAAGCGUUGUGUUCUGGUCAUCUGGAUCCAGAAGAUUUGGCCCUGAUCGGAAGUUUUAUGUCGGGAAAAGUGACGCCUGAUGAUUUCUUUCUACCUAGCAUCCAAAGAUAUGUUGGCCCACAGACUGGUGAUGCGGACGGUGAUUCUGAGGAGGAAGAGGAGGAGCGUAGGUUGGAUGAAGACUCACUCUAUCAACUUGCAUUAGAUGAAUUGGAACUGCACAAACGUGUGAUGGGGAUGAAGCUUGCGGGUCUUUGGUCAGUCAGUGAAAUAUGUACCGAGGGGACCGAGGUUACGGCAUCCGCCCCUACUCCCAGUCUAUCUUCCCUGGCGGCUCCUCCAGAACAGACGGACAAAAUGUACUCUGACUAUUUGUUUGCGGAACUCCAAUGGUUAUCGGAAGAUUUCAAGAGAGAACGUCAGUGGAAGAAAGCAUCGGCCAAAAAGCUGGCCAUUGGUGCCAUCAAGGCACACCGAGAUAAAACGGAACGGUCCAUACGUUUUGAGAAGGAGGAAGUUUUACGAGCCCGCAAACUUUGUGCAAUGAUUUCCCGUAUGGUUCGCGAGUGGUGGCGCCAGAUAGACAAGAUUGUACAUGCAAAACAGAAAGCAAGACUUAGUGUGAAACAUCAACAGGCUAUCACUUCUCAUCUAGGAAGGGUCCUGGAAACCACUGAAGAAUACACCCGUUGGUUGACGGAAGGCAUCACAGGUAACAAGACAAAGCAAAUGGAUAUGGCAGAGGAUAAUCACCAAGCAUCUACUUCUGGGUCAGCCAAAGAUGCUUCUGAUAGACCAUCCACGAAAGCACGGGUCAACAGUGCGAAGAAGCCAGUGCAUUCCACAGAUUCGUCGGAUGCCGAGUUUACAGCGGAUGAGGCAGCUUUGGCUGCCAUUGAAGAUGACGAAGAAACUAUCGAACAGGAGGAGCAGCACUCGCCAGAACAUGGGGUGACGGCGGAAGCCGAACUAGCUCAAUUGACUGCUGAUGCAGAGGUACCUCUCGAGGAACUCGUGCCACCAGAUUACUUUGACUACCAGCCGGAAGAAUUGGACACUUCCACAGAUGCAGAGAAGCUGUCGAAUCCAGAUCUGGAACGCACCCUGAAAAAAUCGGAACCUGACGGUGAUGAGCCUUUCCACAUCAGUGCAGAGAAUAGUGAUGCGGAAACCUGGGAGGAAGAAACUACCAUAGAAGACCAGGAAGGUUACAAACGACGUAACUAUCUUGAAACACAAGAAAGUGGCGCACAAUCUGGAGGUGCGGAGAGUGUUGAACAACUUGAUGAGAUUGCCCAACUGGAGCGAGAAGCGACUAUGCCUUUGGAUGUGUUGUUGGAUAGCUUGAUGAAGCAACGUGAGUUAGAAGCAGAAGAUACGGUAGAUCACGUGGGGUCAGUGUCUGAAUCAGAACUAAGUCCUUCAACCCGUGAAUCGUACACCACUACGUCAUCGGGAGAUGAAUCUGAUGACGACAGAACGACACAUUCCAGUGUCUCUACUAGUGACGCAGAUGGAGAAGAGGAAGAGGACGAAGAGCAAGGCACACUUCUUCGGGAGCUAGUUUCAGGCCCUGAAUUAGUGGACGAAGAAUUCGGAUCGAAAACGAAAGAAGGUGAAACUGAAAAUGCUUCGAGCAAAGGAAUAAGUAGUGAAUUGUCAACAGUCACUGGCUCGCUUCCGAACUCAGUACUUUCAGAGGACCAGCAGGAGUUAGAGACGCUAACUACAGAAGCACUCAUGGCACAACCCACUGGGACGACCCUUUCUUCAACUUCAUUAAACAUAUCCGCUCCAUUCCUGCUAAACGGUGGGACACUUAGAGAAUAUCAGCUGGUUGGUCUGAGCUGGCUAGCUGCGAUGUAUCAAAAACGCCUGAAUGGUAUCCUCGCAGACGAGAUGGGCCUUGGCAAGACAAUACAGACAAUCGCGCUUCUCGCCUUCCUGGCUUGCGAACACGGUAUCUGGGGUCCGCACCUAAUUGUGGUACCAACUAGCGUAAUUCUGAAUUGGGAGGUUGAAUUCAAACGCUGGUGUCCUGGAUUCAAAAUUAUCACUUAUUUUGGUAACAUCAAAGAGAGAAAAGAGCGGAGAAAGGGUUGGACAAAAACAAAUGCCUUCCACGUGUGUAUUACGUCAUACCGGCUGGCUAUUCAGGAUGCCAGUGUUUUCAAACGGAAAAAGUGGAAGUACCUCAUUUUGGACGAGGCACAAAAUAUCAAAAACUUCAAGUCACAAAGAUGGCAAACCUUGUUGACCUUCAAUAGUCAGCGUCGGCUCUUAUUGACCGGAACGCCCCUGCAAAACUCAUUGAUGGAAUUAUGGUCUCUGAUGCACUUUCUCAUGCCCCACAUUUUCCAGUCUCAUCGCGAUUUUCAAGAGUGGUUUGCCUCCCCUCUAACUGGAAUGAUAGAGGGAACAAGUGAAUACAAUGAGGAACUUAUCGCUCGGCUGCACAAAGUAUUACGUCCCUUCCUUCUUCGUCGCCUCAAGGCGGACGUUGAGCGCCAAAUGCCAAAGAAAUUCGAACACGUAAUCAUGUGUCGACUGUCACGCAGACAACGUUUCCUCUACGACGACUUUAUGUCGAUGAGCAGCACAAAAGAGACACUGAAAUCGGGUCAAUUUCUAUCAGUCAUGAAUGUGCUAAUGCAACUCCGUAAAGUAUGCAACCACCCGAAUUUGUUCGAAACACACCCGAUCAUCUCGCCACUUUAUGUGGAUGAUUAUCUGCUCCGCAUUCCAUUGCCGAGAUUAGUUACAGCGCUUAGUCAUCCCUUCCUUGUGUUGGCGGCCCGUUCGAAUGUUGGCUCGCGUCCCGUAGCACACGCUUCCGCAUUUAAUGAACCUGAUUUGGACUGGUUAGAUCGCGCUGGAGCUGCCGCACGUCUGAUUGGUCAGACAAAGAAUCUAGCCGAAAUGAGUCGCGAUUUGCCAACUUUUGUUGCCCGUCGCUGUCGUGACUUGUGCGCACGAUCAAAUCUGAUAACCGUGGUGGACACAGUGGAGGUCGUCGAUGAUGUCACUGCUCAGCGAAAAACGCUACAGUCUCUCAAUGGCGUCAGAAACACAGGAACUAUCGGAUGGUCUUUCUUGGGGUCUGCUGUGGUGAAGAGCGUCAAUGAGGAAUUGGGACACCACUCAGCGGUCUAUCCACCUCUGCCAGACCCGUUGCCGAUUGACUCGACGGUCGUCGAAGUAUCCCCUCCAGUUCGUCCCUGUAACGUUGGAAUGCCAAAGUCAAUCCUCCGACAUCGUACUGUUGAACGACACAAACGUCUGGCUUUGAUUGCUCGAAUUAAUGAACGACGGUGUAAUAUGUGUGACGAUGUAAGACCCUCGGGAGACUCCAAUUUUAACGUCGAAACGUAUUCAUUUUGUUCCCCACUCGGACCUGAUAUAGCUCACUUGAUUACUCGAAUGAUUCGAGAACCAUGCUGUCCGAAUGCAUCUACUCACUCAAGUAAAUAUCCCGGUCUCACCGGCGGAUGGCAAUCGUGCCAGUGCAGCGCCUCCUCUUGGCCGAGUCGAGAUUGUCUCUCUCGUCAUCGCGUUGCCCAAAGUCCCAUCGACGAAGCAGCAUGCCUUCCCCCAGACCACAUUGAAUCAUCACACUCCAUUGGUCCAGAAUCCCCUUGGACUCGACAUUGGUUUUGGUACCAGGACUGCUUGACUUUGAGAAUGAUGUUGUCCACUCCAUCGGAUCACCUUGAUUCAUUAUCCGAGCUACUGGAUCGUGGUGUCAGAUCGAUACGUUUAAGAGAAUUCUUCGAUGGCAUUUUGGUUUCACAGGCACUAGGAAUUGGUAGUGAGCAUUCCAUAAUUGUGUCAAUAGUACUGCUUGAAAUGGUGAACUCAGGCUUGGGCAACCUGGCAGUAUCCCAGCCCUCGUGCUUCCUUUGGGUGGCAUGGCAGCUAGGCAGCGGAAGGGUGCCACAGCUGAACGUUUCUUGCAGGACGCAGUCCAGCUUGUUUUUCUCGGGUCCGUCCCUGCAUUCGGUCAACUUUCGGUUCCAAAGCUACCAGGCUGAUGCCGCGGUGGUUUCCACACGGCGUCCAUAUACCGUCUUCGCGUUCGCUGUUCCUGCUGUGAUCUCAUCCGGAUUCGCGCCUUAUUCAUCUUGCCCAAAGUACCAAGGCCAACUGCUUCGUGAGGCUGACCGACUGCAAGAACUACUCAUAGAAGAGUGUCUUCCUAGUGUUUGCAAAGCUGUAUCCCAAAUCAAAAAUCCACCGCGGGCGACUCGAAACCCCCGGAUCGACUCUAUCCCGCCCAGUGCGUUAGCGUGGCUACGGCCAGUUCAACUGCAUCGCAUUGCAACCGCUUGCCGAAUACAAUUUCCAGAUCCUCGGCUCAUACAAUACGACUGUGGCAAACUACAACGACUGGAUUUGCUUUUACGAGAACUAAAAUCUGGUGGACAUCGCGUGUUGAUUUUCACACAGAUGACACGUAUGCUGGACAUCCUAGAACAGUUUCUCGCUUAUCACGGCCAUAGAUAUCUGCGUCUGGAUGGAGCGACAAAAGUUGAACAUCGUCAAAUACUGAUGGAACGUUUUAAUCAGGAUGCCCAAAUAUUUGUGUUCAUCCUUUCUACGCGUUCCGGAGGGUUGGGUGUCAAUCUGACCGGAGCAGAUACGGUUAUAUUUUACGAUUCGGACUGGAAUCCGACAAUGGAUGCACAAGCACAAGAUCGGUGCCAUCGUAUCGGACAAACACGAGAUGUACACAUCUAUCGGCUUAUCAGUGAGCGAACAGUUGAGGAGAAUAUAUUACGUAAAGCCAACCAGAAACGCUUCUUGGCCGAUGUUGCAAUCGAGGGUGGUCGUUUUACUACAGCAUUUUUCAAGCAGAACACAAUCUCAGAAUUAUUCGCAGAACCUUCCGGGUUGCAGGACCUCGCAGACGAGAAACCGGACGGAGAUAGAAGUGCCGUGCCUGCUUGUACAGAAUCUGCUACAACAGGUUAUUCGGCCACGGAGUCAGACGACUUAAAGCCAACAGAGCCGACUACCCAGUCACCGCUAAUCGUGGUCACGAGAAGUGGGCGUCAAGUUCGACCUCGUGGUGAUGCAGCAGCGGUGGCAGCACUAAUUCCACCAACCCCAUCUUCCAUAACAAAAAAUGAAACUGAGCUAGCUGCGCUGAUGGAAGCGUGUGAAGAGGAAAACGAUCGAAUUGCCGCUGAGUGUGCAAUAGCUGAAGCGCAGGCCGACUUGGCAGAGUUUGAUGAAACUAUACCUCUUGAGGAGCAGCGGGCUGCAGAUACCGCGUUGACUACUGGAACAGUUAAUCCUGUCACGGCGGAGUCUGAUCCACUCACAGUGUUUGCUAUGAAGAAACGUCAAAGGGAACAGAAGUCUCCGGAGCACAAUGAACAGGUUGAUUCCGAGCGGACAGGGGUGGACAGCAUGGAGCAAAUUGUUGAAAGGGAGUUGCUCGAAUUCGAAGCUACUUUGCGACCAAUCGAACGCUUCGGAGUACACCAUUUGGAAGAACAGCGCGAGGAGGUUUUGAAUGAGGAACUGAUUCUGGCAGAUGCUCAGUUGUCAGAAUCCAAUGAAACUUGGCGCCUUGACCAGCUGAAGGCUCUACACGUUGCUGACGAAGAGCGUGCCGAUGUUGAAGAAGAUGAUAUGCUCUACUGCUAUGGUACAUACGACCCAUCUGCUCAACUGGCCGAGUUGCAGCGCCUUGAGCGACUCAUUGCGGAAGAGGAAGCUGCUGCUGACAGCUCUACGACAACUCCAGGGCCACGUGGACGCAAGUUACGCACUCCGAAAGUCGCGUCUGCAAAGAAACGUGGACCAGUGCGAGCGGAAGCUACACAGUCCGAAUCCGAUUCGCAAACCACAACUGAUGCGACACCUGUUAACCGGGGAAGUAGUCGGCACGAAAUUUUACCCGGUUAUGUUGAGAACAGCGAGAGUGAAACGGAUGAUUAUGACGUUUCGGUCAGCGGAAAAAGUUCAGCGUCUCGUGCUGCUUUGAACCACUACUAUCGCAACCGUUACGUGACGCGACAACCCGUCCAACAGUGGGAAAACUUUGAACCUGCUGACCAGAGUACUGGUGGGUACCAGUCCAGCGAUACAGAUUGGGGAAUUCGGUUUGUGACAUCCGAGCCUCCUGUAAACAAGCGCGAACAAACCAUUUCUGGCAAACGUCGGGCGCCAUCGAUGAGUUUUCUGCCUCCUAGCAAAAUGCCUAAGAUGACUCCCAAAUUCUACCUCACUAGCAAUGCAGUUGAGGAACAGGCGCCUCCGAUAAAGCGCCGUAAAUCGCUAUCCACAGAAGCGACACCCAAGCACAUCUUUGUUCGGACCAGUCACUUCACUUCAGAUGCAGGUAUUCAAAAGCGAUCCCCAUCUGUCCUAAGUUGGAAUGGUAGUUCACCAGCAACUCACUAUGAAAAUGAAACUGUUCGCACAAACAAUGUCCUCAACGAGAUACUUGAAUCACCCUGUGCAAAACAAUUACAGCCAUUUGGAGACCAAUUUUCUUUUGGUGGGACAGGUAGAGGAAGAGCGCUGCGUGAUGCGACGACAGUUCUCCACUCGCAACGUGCACCCCAACCCAGUUCCUCGAAGACAAUCCCGCGAAUAUUCAAAGCUUCAGUUCAUAGUGGCAUGAAAUCGAUAUCCGGAACCAGUCAAUCUCUCAGUAUGUCUGCAGGACACAUGACCCCAUCCUCUUCACAAGCCCCGAAUCUAAACCCAUCAGCCCGUCAACCCGGUCCAUGCGGUUCCCUCCUGAUCUCCAAUUCCAGUACUCAGAAUGUCCCCGCCUUUGCUAUACCUGCUCAGUUUGCCCCAUCCAGCCGUAACGUUCUCCCACCCACGACACAACGCCCACCGGAACCAGUUUUUCCCGUUCACUCAGUCUUGAACGGUACACGUGUGAAUCUCCCUGCGGGGCAGCUUUUCACUACAACAGGACAACCUGUGUACCAGCAGCGUUUCACACAUCCAGUUGUCCCUCCUCCUGAGUUCACUCAGGUAGUGCAUCGCCUUGCACGUCCCUCAGAACCCUCCUACCGCCCCACGAUACCUACAGUCACGAGUUCUUUCUCCCCACACUCCAAUGUGAGGAUCAUCUCAUCACAAGUGUCGUCAGGCGAGUCUCGACUGCCUGUUCUGCGAAUCCUGAGUCCGCACAAAGGCGUCCAACCGAAGUCGGUUGUCCCAACCAUCCCUCAGAUGCGUGGCCCAACGACCACUGUUCCAGCGCCUCGAAUGGCACCCAGUCAGACAAUACCAACCAUUCGGAUUGUAAAUAGUGACACGGUACGCACGACUCCCAUUCUACGACUAAGUUCUGCGGGUUCUCCCAUCGCACGAGCACUUCAGGUUCCCAACCAUGUGGCACCCACAACCAGCACCAUUUUCCAACUGAAUAGCAUCCCUACAAUUGCCCAGGGAUCACCUCUCCCGAAUGCGCACGUUACUCAGUCGUCUCGUACUACUUUUGAUAUCGCAACAAAGCACCCUGCCGCAGAGUCUCAAUGA